UGGAAGUUGGUCAAAUACAUGUGACGCUUUUCAGCUUUUCAAAAAAGGAUUUUUUUUUUCAUUUGGUAUACUAAUAAUCCCACUCAUCUCACAAAUCAAGAAGAUCUAUAGAUAUGUCGCCCUGUACUCUACCUUUUUCCUGAUAAACCAUUUUCAUGUGGCUCAAGUUGCUUAACUAAUCGAUUAUUGUAGCUAUCGUAACCUCCUUGCGGAUUCACUAAAUGAAGAACUGUAAAUGAUGCCUUUACAUCGCCACUAUUCAUUUCUACAAGAGGAGUUGGACUUCUCGCCAUCCUUCUCUUUAAACCCUUCUAUCAGGCUACGUGCAAAUGCCCAGUUUGGAGAGCUGAUCAAAUCGUAUGGCGUCUUCCAAAUGGGGAGCAAGGGUUACAAGCCCGCCGCACUUCUCCAGUCGACUUUUGAUUUCGUCGCAUCGAAGGAUGCAUUCCUGAACUUCUUUUUCCUAUAUCAAUAUAGCAGCAUGUCCUCGACUGAAGAAGUCGAGCCGAAUGAUGAUAUCAGGCCCGCGCUAGACUUCUUUGAUGGCCUUUCUCUCUCAGACCUGCAAAAGCAAGAGAAUAUCAAGAGCGCCGCCGUUGAAGACUUCGCGGACUAUCUAGUGGAUAAUUUCCUCCUGCCAUUCAGAGCAUCAUCUAUGAAAACACCCCAGCCUACCCCAGCCUCGCUGUCUUCGAUGCAGUCGUCCACACCGGCCGGCGUACGUCAACGAGUAUCACUACUACGUCAGAGAUGUCUUAUACGUGAUCAUCAUCGCUGUGUCGUUUCUCGAAAAUUUGAUAGAAGCGAGGCCAGAAAGCGUUUUCAGAAAUAUGGGGAGGACUGCCAGGAUGACGGUGGAAUUCCACUAAAAGACGAGACAAGUGAUAACUUUCAAUACCUAGAGGUUGCCCAUAUAUUACCUCAUUGCUUGACAGCGGUCGCUUCUGGCGAUACCGAACUGAGUGAACCAAAGAGAACAGUACUCCAAAUCCUGGAUAUGUUUGAUCCAGGUAUAAUACAUCUCAUCGAUGGUCCAGAUAUUGUCAGUCCCUUGAAUGCCCUGACCUUGACACUUGAUUAUCACCGAUUAUUCGGUGAAUUUCAGAUCCUUUUCACGCCUACAGGCAAACCAUAUGAAUAUCGGAUUGAUUCCACUGAGCUCAGCCCUUUCCUUCGUGAUCCGUUGUUCCCUAUUACUCGCACAUUGACUCUCAGUCCAAAUCGCACCAUCGAUCCACCCUCUUCUCGCCUUUUUGGCAUCCAUCGUGCCAUCGCACAUAUUCUAGAAUUAAGCGGAGCAGGCGAAUACAUUGAACAGAUUCUCAACGAUAUAUUAUAGUUGAAUGUGAAAGAAGAUGGAUCAACAGCACUGGGAUGCAUAAUGAAUCUACGACUUGGUGGUUGGCUAAAUGAACUAUCUGUAUUUUAACAUCUACAUCUGAGCCCUCGACCCAUAUCUGCAUGCCUUGAAACGACCUCAUGAACAUUAUCUAGAGU